ACUGAGCUGCAGGACCAGGAGAGAUCUGCAGUGAGUCUGAGCUGAUCAAGAAUUCUGGCUUUUUGAUACCUCCAGUUCCAUCAGGGAGUUCACUUCAGCUGAUUUUGUGUCCCACACUGGCCACUGUGGCCUCUCUUCUCCAUGGCCCCCCUGGCUCACACCCUGGCACUGCUGGCAAUGACCGUGGCCACCAUGUCCAUCAAGGUGGUGCCCCUGGACAUGGCCCAGAACUCCUUUGAUGACCAGUACCUCAACUGUGGCCCUGCCAUGGCUGAGGCCUUGCCGGCCCUCAAUGGCUCUGAGUUCCAGGAGAACAAGGAGUUUUCCCAGGCCUGGGUGAAGGCCACGGCCGAGUGGCAGAAGCGGGGCUCCUCUUCAUCCCCUCUGUCCCCAGCCCAGGCCAUUGCCCUCAUGGCCUACACGAUGGGGGACGUGCACAAGCAGCUCAACCCGGCCGUGCGCGAGGCUGGGCGCUCCCGCCAGGAAUACCGGGACAACUUCCACUUCAAAACGCUGCAUUUCCUGCUGACCCAGGCCCUCCAGAAGCUGAGACGCCCUCAUGAGUGUCCAGAUGUGUUCCGUGGGGUGAGGACGGUCCAGUUCAAUGUGACACCUGGCGAUAAAAUCCGCUUUGGUCAAUUUGCUUCAUCGUCGCUGGACAAAAUGGUGGCCCAGGGUUAUGGGAACGUCACAAUGUUUGAGGUGCACACGUGCCAUGGAGCAGACAUCCAGAAGUUCUCCUUCAAUCAAAGUGAGAAGGAGGUGCUGAUCCCACCCUUUGAGACCUUUGAGGUCACCAAAGUCACCAGGGAAGGGAAGAAGGUGCAGAUUGUGCUACGCUCCACUGGGAACUUCAGCAACUACAACUGCGAGUGGCUGCGAGGUGGGAGCCUCCCCAGGAACUCUCCCCAACUUGGCGGGCUUCUCCUGGCCACCAUGGCCAUGGCAGUGGCCAUUGGUACCCUCUAAGCCAUGAGGCCACCAGAGUUACUGUGGUCCUGGGGGCCACUGUGGCCAACAUGAGCAUGAAGGCCACAAGGACCUCCAGGGAAUUGAGGCCACCAAGGCUACCGAGGCCAUUAUGACCACUAUGGUCCCUUUGUCCCGUGUGACCACUGUGGCCGUUAUUACCACUACGGCCACUGUGGCCACUUUGGCUUCUAUGACCAAUCUGGCCACUCUGGACAUUGGAACCACCACGGUCAGGAUGGCCAUUGUGCCCAUAGUGACCCCUGAUGUCACCGUGCCCACUGUGGCUACUGUGGUCAUUGUAACUACUGAGGCCACCGUGGCCAGUGUGGUUUCCAAGGUCACCAAGGUCACCGUGGCCACCAUGGUCUCUGUGGCCACCAUGGUCAUUGUAACAAGGUGUCCAUCCUGGAAAAGCCCCUCUGAGAGCUGCCCAGUGAGGCAGCUAUGCCAGGACAGCAUGGACAGCAGAGAUUGGGCAGUGCCUGGGGCCACUUGGGCACUUCCCAAUAGAGGAGUUUGGGAGUGGCAAUGCCACGGCCACCUCCUAGCGCUCCUUGGCUGCCUCGCCUGUUUCAUCAAUAAAUUGCUGCUUGCUCAUGUGCCAUACAAGAAAUGUAUCAAAAACUUGAUCCUUGCUCACCUGGUGUAUCAAAUGUUUAUCAGAAAUUUGAUCCUUGCUUGCCUGGUGUAUCAAUAGUUUACCAAAAUUUGCUGCUGGCUCACCUGAUGUAUCUGCUACAGCUCCUAUAAUGCCUUUCCUGCAGAGCGCCUCAUUUCCUAAAAUAAAGCAGUUCCUGGAGUUUUUGUUAGAGGCAACUUAAAGCUUUAUUUUUCAAACCUCGAUCUUCAAAGAUGGAGAAAUUUCCCUCCCUUUUUCCUCGUUUGCUGCAGCCUCUCACAAAGGACCUGGAGGGGAUGGAGCGUGUCCAGGGAAGGGAUGGGGUUGGGGAAGAGUCUGGAGCACCAGGAAGGGCUGAGGUAGCUGGUGGGGGCUGCUCAGUGCAAUUAAGAAGGAUGAAUUAUCAGUUUGGGGCCAGUUCUAUAGUUCCUGAUUUGAGGUAACACAACAGAAAAAGCAUUGGGAGGAAAAAAAGAAAAAGAAACAGAAUAAAGAAGGAUGAAAAAUAAAAUAGAGAAAUGGGGACAGAGGCAGCACCACCCUUUUAUUUAUGAAAAAAAUAAACCCUGAUGUUUCGCUC